CACACGGCCCGGUUCCCCACAGGGCCCAGCCGCCCGGCCCGUGUCGGCGGAGCAGCGGGCGGCGCCGCGCAAAAGCGGAAGUGGCGGCGCCGAGGCCGGGCGGCGGCGGUGGCAGAAGGGUGCUGAAGAUGGCAGGCAGUUCCGCUCCUUGGAUUGGCAGCGCUUAUCUCUUCCUCCAGUCGACGUGCAAGACCAUCGUUCUGCCAUCUCUCUACGAAAGCUCCCAAAAGAAACCUAGUGUGUUCAAGGCGCUGAAGCUGGCAUUAGCAGACUCCACCGGCAGCGUGAAUGGUGUGGACAUGCUCAAAGUGCACUGCAGCCACCCGCACCUGAUAGUCCAGCUUAAGUUCUGCAAGCAGGAGAACUGCCGCCGGUUCCUGCAGAGUUACCGGGAAGGAGCGCUCCAGGAGUCCCUCCAGAAUCACCUCCAGGUCUCCUUGGCCAUGACCACAGUGCCUCUUGAAAUGGAGCUGAAGGCUGGCAACGAGCACCUUGACAACAUGCUGAAGGAUGAGGAUCGCUGCCUGGAGUGCAUCUACAGAGAAAAGCCUGACCGCCUGCGGGAUGAGGAAAUCACAGAGCUGGAGGAAUGCCUCAAGAGCCUGAUUGUUCACCAGAGCAUCAACAACAAUAUGGCUGUAAAAGACUGCAUGUCUCUGAACUCCCCAUCUCUACCUUAUCCUUCUCAAGGCAGCUCCCUUUCCCCACAAGUCACCUUCAUCUUUCAGGGAGAAGAGUUCGCCAACAGAACACUCACACCAGAUGACCACCAGAAAUUUGCCAAGCUCGUGUCCAAGAAAUGGAAGCAAGUGGGUCGCUCUUUGCAGAAGAACUGCCGGGCCCUGCGUGAUCCUGUCAUUGAUAACCUGGCCCUCGAAUAUGACCGAGAGGGACUAUAUGAACAAGCCUAUCAGCUGCUUCUCAGAUUUAUCCAGUCAGAGGGGAAGAAGGCCACGAUAGCACGGCUGAUUGCAGCCCUGGAAGAAAAUGGUCUCAUCAGCUUGGCUGAGGAGCUCUUGGGCCUCCAUUCCAAUGAGGACUGCUCCUAGAGCCUGAAGGGUAGUGGCAUUGCUAAGGGCUUUCUUGCUUUAGCUAGUGUAUAAGACUGCUGCCAGUGUCUGGGAAUGUAAAGUCCUGAAAAUCACUGCAGGUUUCCAUGUAGGUGGGAAAGCCCGGGGGAGAGGUUCUGUGCUCGCAGAAGCCAGCACGGACCUCUGACAUUCCUUAUUUCAUUCUGUUUCCAAGAAGUCAAUGUUACCUUCCCAUGAACUGGUGAGAGAGGCUUUCAGCCUGACUUCCUUCAGGACUGAAAUGUCACAGGGAAGCAGCCAGACAGAGAGCCCUGGGGGAGAGUGGGGGAGAGGAGAAAAGCAAGGAAGGCAUCUCGGAGGAUUUCUCUGGGAAGCAGACAAUGCCACUCUUUCUCAGGCUAUGGCCCAGGGCCAUCACCCGGAGAGCUGCAAUAUAUUUUUUAUAUUGAAGACAUUUAUUCCCUCAGGCAUGACAUCCAGCAAAGAUAGAGGGGAAAUUAAGGAAAAGUCAAUUUUAUAUUAUUUUCCUUCUUUGUUCUUCAAACAAGGGACAUCUGUGGCAAGUGCAUCUGUCCUGCCCUACUCUAGUAUAGCUCCUUCCCACCUCUCACCACCUGAAGGUUUCCCUUUUACUUGGGACAGUUAUAAUCUUCCACAGGGCACAAGGUUGCUGCUGUAGAACAAAUUUCAGGCACUGAACAAGCAAUAUGGACAAACAUAAAUUCAGAGAAUGAUUCCCAACUUUUUCUGGACCAUGGUGGACAAUAAUAUAUUGACUACAUCCUGCUUAGCUCUUUCCCACCAACCUGAGAGAGCCUGCAUCUGUGAAAAGCAAAACACAGUGCUGAAAGGAAAACAGUCUCCUAGACAGAAAGUUACCUAUGGAGCGUAGAUUGGAACUGCUGCUCUAAGGUGUGUUGCAGCAUCAAAUACUACCCUGAACCAAGCCCACAGAGCUGAGCAAUCGUCUCUGACCAGCUGGCUGCUAGUGCCUUCGCUCAUUUCUUAACCACCUGCCCUCGGCCUGCUGAGUUCACCGGAGAGGAUAGCUCAUGCCAUGGUGUCUCGCAAGUGUCGGGAUCUGCACAGAGCCUUUCCCUGACGGUGUUGUCACUGUGUGACAAUUGGGCAUCAGCUGCUGUGCUCGGAUUUACCUGCCCUGAUUUUGAGGGUUAAAAAUGGCUUAAAGCACCCUAAAGGACAAAGCACCCAAACCCCAGGGCUGACUCGUGCUUUCAGUUCCGGUGGGAGAAGCUGACUCUGCUGGUAUGGUUGAUGCAGACUGCAACAGAGCAGAGAGGUUACACCUUUGCCUGUAACAAAGCAACAAGUAUCUAGCAUGACAUGGGUCCCGUAAAGCACACCACCUUGAUUACCUUUGACAUAUUCCCUGCGCUUUCCCGAUAUGUUUUUACUUAUCCUUUUUCAUUAAUUUUACCUCUCUUUGCUCUUCCCUUCCAUGGUAAUAGCCAAUGGGCCUCGGAAAUUAUUUCGGAUACAGAGGAUGGCUCUGCCAGCCCAUGUAAAGCCUGCACGUGCACGCAAGUAUCGGGCCGCUGGCAGUCAUGGUAGGACCUGCUUUCAGACAGGCAAGCCCUGAUGGCCUUUUAAACCACAGCUCGUAUCUUAAUCCUUCCUGGAGUCAAAGCUGUAAUUCGAUAAGGAGGGAUGCAACGUGGGAUUCAGGUGUGGGCUCAGAUCUGAGCGCCUGGGACUGGUGCUGCUCCCUUAGCUUCUGCUAAAAUGUAUGCUGUGAGCAUCAGCUAACUGAAGACCUGGAUCAGGAGGAUUUAGAUGGCUAGCUUCUACCCAGUUGGGUUCCACAUGCCUCAGAUACGCUGAGCAUCAGUGUAAGCCUGAGGAACCUGGCUUUUUUCUGCAGAUUUUGAAUCCCCGAGCUUAUGUACACAGUGUGGAAAGGAAAUGGAGGCAAUCAAAGAUGGGGAGAAUGUUUUCAGGGUGUGAGUGAAAUCUCUUCCUGUCUUGCCCUUAGCUUCAAAGGAAGCAAGACUUCAUGCAGGCACCAUCUCUACAAAGACUGUGGCUCCCUGACCUUUUAUUAAGCCAUUCUACAUCAGUGCUGUUGCAGCCUGCUCCAUGUCCUACCCUUUCCCUUACAGCAGUACCAGUGCUCUUCCCCAAGUGAAGCAAUUACCUCUCUGACAGUUUUGCUUUUGAGACCAGCACAGUGAUGCUGAUCUUAGUUUAGGCUGCUGUGGAACCAUACCUCAAAGCAUUUAGCUUUCCUGCCAGAUCCCAACUAGGGAACUCUGUUUGGCAGCAACCCACCUGGCAAGUGGUAUUUAAAAAAAAAAAAAUCAGAAACUUGAAAAUUACUUUAACAGCAAGAGGGUUUGCUCUUGAUUUUGCAAAAAUGAUUUUUUAGAAAACAAUGUCAUAUGCAUAGCCUGCUGUCUUGUUUCUUGUUUGUAAUUAAUAUUUCUAAGCUCUCAAACUAGCUAUUCAUGUGCACAACUUUCAUAUACAGUUAUAAGGCAACCACUGAGUAGUGAAAACUGCUGGCUUUUAUAGCAUCUGUUAAUGCUCAAAAUGAGAAAGUCCAAAAAACUUCCUUGCUGCUAUUACUGUAUUACAGAGGACUAAGCAUGAAUGCUUUUUUUCUUAAUGCAAACCUUGUGCAUUUAUUCCUCUGCCAGCAAUUGGCAUACGUGUUUCCUCUUACUCACAGAUUCCCUUCAGAAGUGCCAUUAAGUGCUGGAGCUCCUGGCAACCUUUCUGGAAUAUCAUCAUCUUUAACAGCAUUCACAGGUGCCUUCAUUGCAGAGACUCAAAGGAAAAGGGUUUUCCAGUGAUAUUCCAUGGUGGAAUUGUCUUGAGCACAUGGCAUGGUUUGGGACCAUAGCAGUGGCUGUUUCAUACCUUCUUUUCUGUGAUCGGUCAUCAUCAUCGUCAUCAUUAUAUGCAAUGAAAAGUUGAUUCUGGUCUCAGGCAGACUCCUUCCUGCUAAAAGAGUAGGGUUUUUUAGUAUUAUCUGGCACAAACAUAGAUGGAGACAAUUUUCACAGAAGCCUUAGAUGAAAUAAUACAUAAAUUGGAUCAUGAGCACAUGGUGUCAUUUGCAUUGAUUUGGCAUUUGGCUGGGGCUUGACUCUGAAUUUACUUCUGUUUUACCCAGAAGGUUUUGCAGCAGUUUUACACCAGUAUGCAAAGACAAGGGAACUGCCAUCACACAGGGAAGGAAGAAGCACUUGUGAAGAAAAAAACAUUAGCAGAGAUUUGUUGGAAGAAAUUAGAGGUGUGUCUUUACCUCUGAUAGUAAUGCAAUGAGUGAAACUGAAGAAAGAGCUAGAUGUUGGAGAUACUUGCUGAUACACACAAAACUCAGUGCUGUAUAUGCUAGACCAAGGGCUAUAACAAGCAGCCCUGGUGACUGCCUGGCUGGCACGCUGUUGGAAGAGGAGCGCACUUGUGCUUUCUUCCUUGCCUGUGCAAAGUUAGUUGCACACAUACUGCACCUACUCAGAUGCCAGAGAUGUAAGCGACACUCCCUUACUACUAUUUAUAACAAUUAGCUAAUGUCUAGUGUGUGAGAUAAGCCAUGGAUAGUGCUGCUGCUGGUGAAUUUGGCCUUAUCCUGUAACAGCUCUUCAAUAUGUAUUGAGAUCUGUCUGGAAAAAAAAAAAAAAAAAAAAAAUCGGGGGAGGGGUGGUGUUUCAGAAUCAAACAUGCAGCAAACCAGCACACGAUAUUAAAAGCAAAUAAAGAUGCAAAUCAGUUGCAUAUAAAAAAUGAAAUAGACAAAAUAUAAAACAAACAGCAGGAUCCAGGCCAAAAUGUGCUUACAGGAAGGGAUCCAAGAGGGCUUUUUUUGUAGUACAGUUUGUUUUUGUAGUUUUAGCAAUGCUUCAGAUUUGAAGGAGGCUCCUUUUAGUCUGCCAGAAGGAAUAAAAGAUCCAUCCAAAGGAGAAUUUGAAUGAUUUGUUUUGGCAUAGCUGAACUACAGUGUUCAAACAGAUUAGAACAAAGAGAAGACUGAAAGUUAAAAUGCUCACCAGAUACACUUUGACGUGAGGCAUCUGACAGAAGUAAACUUGAGAGUAUACCCUGAUAUAAAAUCAUCACAAAGGAAAAUAAUCAAACUGUCCUGGAAAGCAGAGUUAGUGAAAGGCUGACUUAAACCCUCUUAGAUGCUUGUUAAAAAUACAGCAUAGAUCUUCGUCUGCUGAAGAUGACAAUGCACCAUCACGGCAGAUGGGGAAGGUGCUCUCUUCCAGCAGCUUCAGUUCUCACAUGCCACAGCUGCUUACAGUGGACCAGUUUGUCAGGUGGAAACAGUACUUGACUCAAAAAUAAGGAAAGGGUUCAGCAUUAUUGAUCGGAAGUGCUUAAUAAUCAUGAGCUGGACCUAAAAGAAAGAAUAAAAUUUUCUUCCAGAUUUUCAUAGCAAGUCAAAUUAAAAAUGAAUGUCAACAGCUCACAGCAAUGCUUUCCAGGUUUCCGUUUUCUGCUUCAGCCCUACCAUUGAAGAGAUGGAUAUCUAGAUUAUUUUUAGUGCAAAAUGGGGUGCUAAUGUCACAGCACUGCAGGUUACAGAACUUUAUGAAAAAAUGAGAGCCUCCAAGUAAAACAGUUUGCUGGAGUUUCAUAGCUGGGAAGUCUCAGAACUAUAUCUGUUUCAAAAUUUGGGGGAAGUGGAGGCAGAAAACAGAAUAUACAUUGCACCACUGUCAAGGUAUGGAAAACAUAAAGCCAAAAACGUGUGUAGGCUUAGAGCUGAGGAAAACUACUUCUUCAGAGAAGGCAUAAGUGCUUGGUGCGGGCACUGCUCCGGACAAAGGUCGUUUCCCAGUGUGAGGAAAUUGUGGGGUUUUUCCUUACCUGUUAAUUUUGCCAUUCAUUUCAAAAUCCAGUUCAACAUUGAGAAGCUGUCCUACUGCCUGGGUCACUGUGUCACCUCCCCUCUACGGUUUCGAAAGGUACCUUAAAGCCACCUCUGAGUCACACCCUGGCAGCUGCCCACAGACUCUGAAACCAAAAGUGAGCACGUACAGCGAUGAGGAGCCUUGAAUUCACUUAACCUGCUGAUUUAGUUUAACUGAAAAUUCUGGUAUAGCCAUUAACCUCUGGUAUUGUACAUCUUAAACCAAGGAGAUGCUAGAAUGGGAGUCAAGAGGGUUUCUUCAGUCUAGCCCACAUAUUGGAGCGUGUACAUGAAAUUGGUGAGAUACACUGCUUUACACUGGACAAGGGUCUGGCCAUUUGUCUUUUGUACAGAUGGGCUCAAACAGUGAGGCAAUUUAAGGCCUAGAGUCAAAAAUUGUACUUUUUUUUUUCUUCUCUGGAUUGAAUUUUAAAGCCACUGAAGGGAUUUGGCCAUACAUCUCUAACUGAAAUCCAUAGGACGUGUGGUUAAAAGUCCCUUAGUCAUCAAUGGAAAAAUCCCUGCUGACCUUCUAAUUCCAAAUUUCCGUGAUAUUCAGCAUCACAUCUGGAUCAGCCAUCUACAGCUACAGACUGCAAUGCCAUGUAUACUCAGGUCUAGGACAUUCAACCUCCAAGGAAUUGUCUUUUAUAGAAAAAAGCACUUUGGUCUAUUUUUUUCUCCAUUCUUUUUUUUAUAAAUAAAUACACACUUUUGAUGAAAA